GUCUUGUUCUCCUUAGGUUACCCCCAGAACGUGGUUUCCCCAAAACCAGACAAGUAGUGACCUUCCGAAAAUCACAAACCUAUGGUUGAUUUACAAGGAUGUUCUCCCAAAAUCGGCCCCCGGCUCACCUACAGACACCGCCUGUGGCCACCGCAGCUGUUGCCGCCGCCGCUGCCGCCAGUGUCGUAUCAACUGCUCCCCAAUCUUUGAAACUCACCUACCCCGAGAUACUGGACCGGAUCAAAGAGGAAUUCCAGUUUUUGCAGAACCAGUACCACAGCUUGAAGCUAGAGUGCGAGAAACUGGCCACGGAGAAGACAGAAAUUCAGCGGCAUUAUGUCAUGUAUUAUGAAAUGUCCUACGGGUUGAACAUCGAAAUGCACAAACAGACGGAGAUCGCCAAGCGGCUGAAUGUCAUCUGUGCUCAGCUCAUCCCCUUCCUGUCUCAGGAGCACCAACAACAAGUAGUCCAGGCGGUGGAGCGGGCCAAGCAGGUGACGGUGGCAGAACUGAAUGUGGCAAUCGGGCACCAGCUCCAAGCUCAGCACCUCUCCCAUCACGCGCCCCCCAUCCCGCUGACCCCUCACCCUUCUGGCGUCCAGUCGGCCAGCCUCUCCGGCCUCGGAAGCGCUUCUGGGCUGCUGGCUCUGUCAGGAGCAUUGGGGACGCAAGCUCACCUGGUUGCCAAGGAUGACCGAGGGCUUCUCGAUGCCGACCGAGAGAGAGACCCUGGGCCGAGCUCUUUAAUGCUGUCCAACGGAGAAAGGAUGCGAGCCAUUUCAGAUUACUUGAACAGUAGCAAAAAAAGGAAGACGGACAAAGAAUACGGCACGGAUUACGGCAGCGAUGGGGAGAAAAGUGAAGACAACUUGGUGGUGGAUGAGGAUCCUUCUUCGCCCCACAGCGUCCAGUCCUUCUCCUCCCGAGAAAAUGGGGUCGAUAAAGCCACUCUGCAUCGGAAAGAAUUGGGCCACCACAGCCCCACAUCCAUGGCGUCUUCCAGCAGUGCCUCCCCAACGCGUCCCACUAAGGAGCUGGCCACAGUAGAGAAAGCAGUCACCCCCGGUUUGAAAUCCAACACCCCAAAUUCCCAAGGUGAAGGAGCCAUGCCCGGAUCUUCUGGCACCCUCUACCAGUUCCGUCCAGGAGUAACGAAGCAGACGGUGGAGUCACUUGCUUUGAGCCUUCGGAAUCCACUCACCGUCCAAAGCUCCUAUCAAGCCGCUUUUAACGUCGCCCAUGUUUCAGUCAAUGGCGACAUGGUGGGCACUGGAGCCUACGCUGGGCUGCACCUGGUCUCCCCCCAGCUGAACGGGGCCGCCGUUGUGGGGACGGGCAGCUACGGGCGUUCCCCUUUGGUAGCUUAUGAUCCUCACGUGCAUUUGAGGGCUUCCGGCCUUUCGGCGGGAAUGCAAGCCAGCAUGUCUUCUGCCAAGCCGGCCUAUUCCUUCCACGUAAGCGCUGAUGGGCAGAUGCAGCCGGUGCCCUUCCCUCCCGACGCCCUGAUCGGCUCGGGCAUCCCACGCCACGCCCGCCAGCUCCACACGCUCUCCCACGGCGAGGUGGUCUGUGCCGUCACCAUCAGCAAUUCCACCCAGCACGUCUACACGGGGGGCAAAGGCUGCGUCAAGGUCUGGGAUGUGGCGCAGCCGGGCACCAAGACCCCCGUGGCCCAGCUGGACUGCCUGAACCGAGACAACUACAUCCGAUCCUGCAAGCUUCUUCCUGACGGCCACAGCCUCAUCGUUGGGGGCGAGGCCAGCACCUUGUCCAUCUGGGACCUGGCGGCCCCCACGCCCCGGAUCAAGGCCGAGCUGACCUCCUCCGCCCCGGCCUGCUACGCCCUGGCCAUCAGCCCCGACGCCAAAGUCUGCUUCUCCUGCUGCAGCGACGGUAACAUCGUGGUUUGGGAUCUGCAGAACCAAACCCUGGUUCGACAGUUCCAGGGUCACACGGACGGGGCGAGUUGCAUUGACAUUUCCAACGAUGGCACCAAACUCUGGACCGGCGGUUUGGACAACACCGUCCGGUGCUGGGACCUGCGUGAAGGCCGGCAGCUGCAGCAACACGACUUCAGUUCCCAGAUCUUCUCCCUGGGCUACUGCCCCACGGGAGAGUGGCUGGCCGUGGGGAUGGAGAGCAGCAACGUGGAAAUCCUCCACGUGACGAAAUCGGAGAAGUACCAGCUGCACCUUCACGAGAGCUGCGUCCUCUCCCUGAAGUUCGCUUCCUGUGGGAAAUGGUUUGUCAGCACCGGGAAGGAUAAUUUGCUAAAUGCCUGGCGAACCCCUUACGGAGCCAGCAUAUUCCAGUCGAAAGAAACCUCGUCCGUCCUCAGUUGCGACAUUUCCACAGACGAUCAAUUCAUCGUCACCGGAUCCGGGGACAAAAAGGCCUCCGUUUACGAAGUCAUGUACUGACCAGAAUCGCGGCAUUGCUCCAGACCGGCCUCCAAAGAGAAGGAGCGGCUCUCGUCGGCGCCCCUUUCUCGGCUUUUGAUUUUUUUCCAGCCAAAGAAUCCCCUCACAA